AUGGAUUGUGGAUCCGAGACGAAAGAUACAACCAAGGCCCAACCCCAUGACAACCUACGUCUGAUUCGUCGUCAAAAUGUCAUCCAGGAGCUCAUCGAUACUGAGAUGGCUUUCUUAAGAGACAUGAGGAUUCUGUUACUGGUUUAUAAAGGGACUGCAGAUGCCUGUCCUGCCUUGGACCCCUUGACAAUCCAGAUUAUCUUCCGCAAUAUUAGUUACAUCGUUUCCGCUCACACAGCCUUUCAAUCACAGCUCAAGAAGUCUGUGGCCAGUUCCUACUAUCCAAAGCAAAACGAGGCGCCAAUAUUACAGAAUAGGUCCACGACCGCCCUUGAUCAUAGGAUCUAUAUGCAAGUCAGUGAAGCUGAUGAUCAAGCCACAAGGGUCGGGUGUGCCUUCAAGUUCCAUAUCGGCAAUAUGGCUAUAGUACUCGAGGAGUUUUUAAAGAAUCACGACCAAGUUACGGAGCGUUUAGCAGUUAUCCGACAAGAUCCUAUGAUUCUAUACUGGCUAGAACAGUGCAAAGAUGUUACCCAGCAUCUUACUUAUGCCUGGGAUCUAGACUCUCUUUUAAUCAAGCCUGUGCAGAGGGUCACGCGGUAUCCUCUACUUAUUUCAGAACUAUUACGGCAUACUCCUCCAGACCAUCCCGAUCGAAAAACCUUGCAAGAAGCGAAAGAUCUACUGAAUAUACUCCUAUUCGAAAUAAACACAGAGACUGUCACGGCCAGGGUCCCUCAGACUCAAGCUGUGACAAAGACACGAGGUUUUGAAACAACACCAAAGAUUGCAAAAGCAUCUAAAAAGUCGAAGACCAAAUGCAGCGGUAUGCAAACAUUAAGAAAGUCUAUGACCAAAAUACGAGGAUGGAGUCACCGCGUAGGCCGAGAUGGAGAUAAGCCUUAUAUCAACUAUCACAGGAAUUUCAGCAGCAUGUUAGACAACAUAUCAGGCAACUCAAUAAUGGGCGACUCCAAGUUCUUUAUCCGACAGCAGUGGUCUCAGUCGGUUCCUGAUCUUUUCAGAAUUUCUCGCAUCUAG